AGGUCUGUAGCAUCAUCAACAAACAGAAGAACUGCAAUCCGUUUUGCGGACCUGAAACUAAGAAGAUAUUGGCUACCUUUGAUGAUAGGAAUCGGAUUACUUAUGCUGCAGCAACUAAGUGGGACUAAUGGUGUACUCUUCUAUGCCAGUACUAUUUUUCAAGCUGCUGGGAUUUCAUCAAGUAAUGCUGCUACAUGUGCGCUUGGUGCGGUCCAGGUUAUUGCCACUGCAGUUGCUACAUGGUUGGUGGACAAAACAGGCCGUAGGCUUUUACUUCUUGUCUCCUCCUCUGGCAUGGCUCUUAGCCUCCUAGUUGUUGCAGUUUCAUUUUUUGUGAAGGAUUUUGUCUCCGAUAGUUCUAAUGUCUACAGUGUAAUGGGCAUUCUAUCUGUAGUUGGGGUAGUGGGUAUGAUCGUCACCUUUUCUCUUGGAAUGGGGCCCAUCCCAUGGAUUAUAAUGUCUGAGAUUCUUCCAGUAAAAAUAAAAAGCCUUGCAGGAAGUGUGGCAACGUUAGCUAACUGGUUCGCUUCCUGGGUGAUCACGAUGACUGCACCCUUGCUAUUAUCUUGGAGCAAUGGAGGAACCUUCACCUUCUACAUGCUUAUGUGUGCUAUUACUGUGGCAUUUGUGGCGAUUUGGGUUCCUGAGACAAAGGGAAAAACUCUGGAGGAGAUCCAGUUUUCCUUCAGAUGAUGAGAAAAUGUUUACCGUUGUCCUGUCUCCCAUUUCGCAGGAUUCCACAAAUGUUGUGCACAUGUAAUGUUUGCUUUUUCUCUAUCGUUUCCUCUAUUUUUUUUUCUUGUUCACGUUUUUUGAAUUAUUGACUACAAUAAAGCAGCUAUAAUUUUCAUUUACCAUGCAUACGACCAUUUGGAUUCCUCAUGUUGUACCACUCCACUUCUUCAUGAGUUCUUCCUAUAAAUUUUAGUAUUAUUUAUUUUGUAUGUCCAGUUGUUUCUGAAAUUUACCCAUAUAUCUUGAAUUGUAGAAGUGAACGGCUUAUGCGAUAGUUGGUGUCGAUGGCUAAAACUUGUAACACGUAAAGACUAUUCUUAUAGUUGAAAU